AUGGAGACAAACUCGGACUACUUCAGCGACCUGAAUGAGAUGAUUGGACAGAGCGACCUGAAUGAGAUGAUUGAACAGAGCGACCUGAAUGAGAUGAUUGAACAGAGCGACCUGAAUGAGAUGAUUGAACAGAGCGACCUGAAUGGGAUUAUUGAACAGAGCGACCUGAAUGAGAUGAUUGAACAGAGCGACCUGAAUGAGAUGAUUGAACAGAGCGACCUGAAUGGGAUUAUUGAACAGAGCGACCUGAAUGAGAUGAUUGAACAGAGCGACCUGAAUGAGAUGAUUGGACAGAGCGACCUGAAUGAGAUGAUUGGACAGAGCGACCUGAAUGGGAUUAUUGAACAGAGCGACCUGAAUGAGAUGAUUGAACAGAGCGACCUGAAUGAGAUGAUUGGACAGAGCGACCUGAAUGAGAUGAUUGGACAGAGCGACCUGAAUGGGAUUAUUGAACAGAGCUACCUGAAUGAGAUUAUUGAACAGAGCUACCUGAAUGAGAUGAUUGAACAGAGCGACCUGAAUGGGAUUAUUGAACAGAGCGACCUGAAUGAGAUGAUUGAACAGAGCGACCUGAAUGGGAUAAUUGAACAGAGCGACCUGAAUGAGAUGAUUGAACAGAGCGACCUGAAUGAGAUGAUUGAACAGAGCGACCUGAAUGAGAUGAUUGAACAGAGCGACCUGAAUGGGAUGAUUGAACAGAGCGACCUGAAUGGGAUUAUUGAACAGAGCGACCUGAAUGAGAUGAUUGAACAGAGCGACCUGAAUGAGAUGAUUGAACAGAGCGACCUGAAUGAGAUGAUUGAACAGAGCGACCUGAAUGAGAUGAUUGAACAGAGCGACCUGAAUGGGAUUAUUGAACAGAGCGACCUGAAUGAGAUGAUUGAACAGAGAAACCUGAAUGAGAUGAUUGAACAGAGCGACCUGAAUGAGAUGAUUGAACAGAGCGACCUGAAUGAGAUGAUUGAACAGAGCGACCUGAAUGAGAUUAUUGAACAGAAUAAACUGUAUGAGAUAACAAUAUAUAUAUAUAUCAUGGCGGCGACCGGUAAAACUUACUAA